AUGGAGGGGACACCGACGCAGCAUGCAGAGGAGAGGAGGCGCGGGAAGGCAGCGCCGAGGGGCAGCAAGUGCCGCGCGGGAACGAGGGGCUCGCUCGCUCGCACGCCCGUGGAUGACCGGCGACGGACGACAGGGGGCGCGGUGGCUGUUGCACUGGGAGGGGCAGCGUGGAGGGCGAAGGAGAGGGGGCGCGCGGGUGCUGUGGAGCAGCAGGAACAGCGCGACACAGGGGGCUUGCGCGCGGAGGUGGGGGCUGCGCGGACACCGGCGAGGCGCUGCGGCUGUGGCGAGUCGCCGUGGAGCAGCAGCGUGCGGAGGAGGCGUGGGGCUACGGUGGCUCCGGCGGUGGCGUUCCUGGGCUUUCAAGGCAUGGUAAUGGCGUCCACCUGCGCAUGCUUUAAGGCAGACGACCCCUGGACGAAGCGAGGCAGAGCCACGGGAGGGACAGCAGGCGACCAGACAGGCAGCAAACACCACACUCUUGUCCAAGGAUGGCCGCGACGGCACAUGCAGCAGCAGACAGCGACAAGGGCAGCAGCGCGAGCCGAACACGGCAACGUGCGCUACAGCGGCAACAUUGAUAGCGGCACGGCGCUACAUUGUUGGCAAACGAUAGGUGGGGCCGUCGUCACAAACCAUAUCGCAGCUGGCCGCUAUAGAACGUGCAGUCACCAUCCGUGCAAGCUUGUGAAAAGUCACCCCGGAGCAGGCCGCUGA